AUGGCGGCCACCAAAACCUCUGUCCCUGCGAACAAUCCACCUUUCGACGUGCCCGGCUGGUAAGGUUUUAGAGAUCACCUGGUUUGUUAUUUGGUGAUUAUAUGAACACACAAAUGAUAUCUCUCUCAGGGCAGGAAAACCACCACAGGGACUUCAUCUAGAUGUUAUGAAACAGACGAAUUUAGUGGAGGUAAACCUCUUAGAUCAAAACAAAUACCAAAGAUCAUGCUAUAGACACAAACACGUGUUAAGUUUUAUAGCUCAAUUAUUGAGAAGUAAGCUACUCUUUUUUUGUUGUCGAUUAUACGGUGCAUUAGUUAAUUUAAAGUCAUAUUGAAGGAUUUAUAUCCAUUAAAACAUUAAAGCUGAAUUAUACAUGCAUUUUGAUUGAUUGCUAGUUAUAUACAUUGAAGGACAGACGCAUAUAUCGUGUCACCACGUACGAAGUUUUUGCUCCCUUCCAUAAAACAAUUAGACCCCAUGGUUAUGUGCUUCUGUUCUGCAAUAAUCGUGAAGAUGUCAUUGUGUGUUAGAACAGCAGUAGUGUGUGCACUCUUGUGCUACUUUUUCGUUCUUCAAUCAAUUACUGAAAAGAUGCACUGUAACUUGGAAUUUCUCUGUCAUUUACUAUGGAGAGUCUAGGGAAAAAUAAAGUUAAAAGGUCCAUGAAUGAAUUCGAUACAUUGCACUAGAACAGACUGUGCUUCCAUAUCAGCUGGUUUGCAUGGUUUCAAUGUGCUAGAUCAGCAGUGGGUGAGCUUUAGGCAUCUCAUCUUGAGUAUAGAUGGGUGUUAUUACUCCUCAGACAGACUUACAGAGUAAUCUUUAAGCUUUGAUUAUGACACUGGGAGAGAUACUAACCCAUAUGGUUGGUCAUGAACAAGAGCCAAAUAUUUUCUUGUUAGUUCAUGCCAAGGAACUGAAAUGACUGCCAAGAUUAGUGGGUCACUUGGCACAAUAAAAUAAACCUUUUGAAAUAUUUUUGGUGACAACAUGAUUCAUUUCUAUGAUUACUAAUUAUGCUCUUUUAUUUUUGUCAUGAAAAUAUUUAUGCAAUUUUGAAUAUAUCUUGAUAUAGAAACUGAUUAUUGAUCAGAAGCCAUACUACUUAUUUGGAAGAAACAAAGAGGCUUGUGAUUUUAAUUUGGAACAUACAUCAUGUUCCCGAGUCCACGCAGCUCUGGUCUUCCACAAACACCUGAAUAGAUCAUUUUUGAUUGAUCUUAAAAGCAGUGAGUAACUUUCAGUGUAUAAGGUAUAAAUCUGAGAGAAGUUCUGCAAGCUUAAUCAAAUGUCCCCAACUAGUCAAAUGUAACCUGUCUUAUUCUUUCUCAUUACUUACUUGUUAGCUAGUGUUGAGAAGACAGCGUCCCUGUAGUUGUUAUUUCUUAUUUCUCAUUUCCUUCUCUGUUGAAGCCUUAAUUUUGAAAUGUUAAGGAGAAGUAAGGUGCUGAUCAUUCACUGAUAGGAGUUUUUGAGUUCAUAAUACUGAGGCAAGGUCAGAAAUAGUGUACUAAGGCAGUCCAAUUGAUGAGGCUGAUAUCAGGAGGCCCUUAAACUCUUCUGACUGUUAUGAAAGGGCAAUUUGUACAACUUGUUAAAAAUUUCACAGGCUGGGACUAUUUUACAAUAAUUCUUAACAAAGAUGUGUUUUUGGUUUCUGUUUUCAUAUUCUUCAGCACACGGUACUUUUAUUGGCACAAUACGUUUGGAGCCUCAAAAACCAACACAAGUUCAGGUAGAUAGUGUGAUAAGGUUUGGUGCAUCUUCAAGAAGCUAUGUUCUACGAGAAAAGCCAGCAAUUCCAAAUACUGGACUUAAACAAGCAGAUGAUUCAGGAAAAAUGGAGGAUGAUAAUGAAGAAAGUUCAAAAGGAGGAUUACUGGGACUUCCUGAAUCAGACACAGAAUUAGAUGUGAGAAUUAACAUUUUGAUUUUCUUUCAAACAACUACUUCAAAACCUGUAGUGAGAAAACCUUAAAUUAACCCUCCCCAAGCUAACAUUGGUAUGCGCAUUCUCCACUCUGUUCUUCAUUGAUUUCCUAGAGUACUGAUAAGGAGAAUUUGUGUAACAAUCAAGGGAUUAUUCAGCUGUUGAUCAUUUCAUUUAUUCUUUUGACAUUGAUUCAGGGGUGAUAUUGUUAGAAGAAAUAAAAUGCUGGUCACUCGUAAGGGUCAGUGAGUUGAACAAACACCCUGUUUUUAGUAAACAUAAGUCUUAGUCAUGGAUGUUUCCUUUAUUAUUUAUAAGAAAGAGAACCUAUACUCAGCUCACCCUUCUAUAAAGUGAAUGCAGAACCAUAUUAAUUGAUAAUUAAUAUAUAUUUUUAAAAGUCUGUCAACAAAAGCAGCUAGUUUGCAAAGUUCAGACCAGCCUUUUAUGUAUUGAGAGGUCAAAAAGGUGAAAUUUGGUAGUUAAGCACUCAGUGAACCAAGAGCAUAUUCAAGAUAAGUAAGCUGGUAAAUAAACCACAAGGGCAGUGUAUUUGAUUGUCAAUGACCAAGUACACUAUGCAAAAAUACAUUGAUUACCGCCAUAUUUAUAAAAUUCAAUGACCAACACUGUGUCCUUUUAUUUGCUUGAAAUUGUACCAGUAACUGUGAUAAAAAAAAUUGUUUCAGGAAAAUAUAUGCCUAUGAGACGCACCUAAACUUUGGCAGUAAUUUUUAGUAGAAAUUAGUAAUAUCUUGAAAAAAACAGCAUGCCUUAUAACCUAAUAAUUACAGUAUUUUUACUUAUGUCUGGUAACAUCUCACUGCUUUGGACAUUUUGUGAAAUGACUUAAGUAACAGAAGAUAAUGUGUAAGUUAAUGUAAAUAGCAAUUGUAGAUAUAAUUUUGUUCUUAGCUAUGCUAUAUUUUUUGGAUGGAAACAGGACUUAACAGAGUUUAACACAGCACAUAACAAAAGGAUUUCAUCUCUUGGCAUAGAGGAAGGAAGUACAAAGUUAACAGGUGUCACGUCCUUAAAACGGAAACGGAGGUCCUCAUUAUCUGUCCAGUUUAGAGAAGGAGAAGAAAUUAUUAAUCCAGGUAAAGAUCUAGGUCGAAUUGAUUAAUUUUGACAUUGAAUACCUUCUGAUAUAAAAAAUCAGGUUGGUGUAUGAAUUGCUUAUGAGGAUUCAAACUUUUACUAGUUCCAAGUGGGUGGGUGUAUUUUCUACCAGCUAUGGUGCAGAGUUCACUGCCAGGAUACAUUACACAUUCAGAUACUUUAACAUUCAGUGUCCUAACAACUGUAAGGGUAGCAAUGUUAAAAGCAACUUAUGUAGAGACAGAGUUCAAAAUAACUGGAACUUGGCUAUCAAAUUAAUUUACACAAUGAAGAUAUAGAAAAAAUUUAAUGGUAUUUAUCACAAGCGUAAGACGAAGAAAACCUCAGCCUAUAAAAUCAGAUGCUCCACUAACUGAGAUUUACAUGUAUGCUGAGUUCACAGGUUUACUUAUAGCCUGGUCUUCUAAAUAUGAUCAGAUUACUGAUUCAGCAUCUUACUUUCAUAUUACUUUCAUAUUCAGAAUUCAGACAUUCCUAAGAAGUAUCUUUGUUCAUAAUCUGUAAAAGUUGAGUUCACUCAGAAACAUUGAAAACAAUAACUCCACUUGAUUUUUUUCUUAUUUCAGAGGAUAUUGAUCCCACAGUGGGAAAGUUCAGAAAUAUGGUUCAAACAUCUAUUGUUAUUCCAAACAAGGUACUGUACAUUUUAAAUGUUAAUUUUUAUCUGGUCAUAUAUCAUGGUCAUUGGUAAAUUAUCUUAUCUUUUACUGGAGCUGUUGUAGGGAGAGCUAGAUGCAACCUCUGCCUAAAAGAGAAAUUCCUGAUAAUUUACCAACCUGACCUCUCAUCACUAAAUAAGCAUAACGAACUCGUAUCUUCACGCCGACACAGAAACAAAGCGUUGCUAUGCAACAGCUGAACUUUAAAGUUUUUAAGUUUACUGCGUAUUAUGUAAAUUUUCCUGAUAUAUACACGAUAGUCACAUGAAUAUUCUUUCAUUAAAUCCCUGAAGACUGAAGCGAUUCACAAAACAGGCUUGUCGGGAAAAUAGUAGUUGUGUCCUUUUUUCCUCUUAAAAUAUUUAUUCCGCUCUGCUUCAAUGUAUUGAGUACUGUUCCACGGGAAAAUCGACUUGCAGACUCCCUAUAUAUUUUUAUAUAUAUAUCUCUCUAAGUGUAAAGGAAAUAUUAAGGCCAAUGUUUGAUGGGGUUAUAUCUUAGUGUAAGGAAAAACUGAAGAAAACAAAAGAUAAAAAUCAAUCUAACUGCAAAGCUUUAAAGCUGAAUCUAAAAUGUAUACUAAUUCUUGGUUAGCUUGAUCAUCUUUUGAACAGUGCAGUCAGGGCUCUUUCUCAGUAUUUCAGUUAGUCUGUUGUUUUACAGAAAAUGCGAGGACCAGUUUCACCAGUUGGAAGCCUUACAGAGAAUAUUACGCGCCGCCUCCAAAGCUUUCCUUACUCCCAGGGUCUCUACUCCAAUCUCCCUGGCACAGGAGGUGUACCAGAACCCACCAGCCCUACCUCACCCACUGCACAACAUAAACCUCGAAUGUCUAUCACAUCAGCCCCUGAUGUAUCCUCACCAGAGCUGGCUGAGGUCCCUGUCCAUCAUGCUCCAGAGCCCAUCCCUACUGGGCCUGUUGUGCAAAAUGCAACAAUGAUAAUUGCAGAAGCUCCUAAAAAGAAGAAGUAUGCUAAGGAAGCUUGGCCUGGAAAGAAACCAACGCCUUCUUUGCUCAUUUAGCAACUAUUUAUAAGAAGACUUUUUAGCUUAUUUCAAGAUUCAAAAUGGUUGAGUCUAGAGUUCAUGUUUCAUGCCAAGAAAUCUUUAGUUUUAAACUUAGUGGAACAUAGCUCUACUGUAUCAUGGGCCAUGUCAUGGCUUAUGUCAAGCAAGAUACAGGGACUAAAAGCACAGAUUAAAGAGACUCCUGGAUGCAUUUUAUACUCUCUCUUUGGCAACAUGAGAUAGGAACUACGAACACAAAAUACUAGUGAGAGCUACAGAGUGUUUGGCAUAAACACUUCAGCAGUAGAACAGUUACUGUUCAUGGUGUGACAUUUGGUUUGUGCAUAAGGAAAGUCAGGUUGGCCCCCAGAAGGAGUUGGUAUUCAUCAUUGUCACAAUUAUUUCUCCAUCUGGAAAGAACUAUCAGCUAGUCAACUGUGUACAAGAACUAAAAAAAAUUAGGGAUGUACAAAAAUAUUACAACAUUUUGUUUUUAGCAGAUUAUUAACUGAAAACUUAGAAAUGGUUUUUGCCGUAGGAACUUUUUGAAUUUUACGUGCAAAUAAAUUGGCCUGAGACAUUUACAAAGUGAGCAACUCACAGUGUUAUACACUCUAUGGAGCUUUGUGUGGCAGAGGUUUGUUUCGUUCCCCUUCCCCUCCUGGCCCUGAAGUUCAAAGCUGAGAAGUCGAGGUGAGAAUCCAAUUUGGAUUGGACAUGGAUGGACUAAACAACAAGGC